UAAAAAAAACACACACAAUUCAUUAUUCCCUCCCAUCUAUCUCCCUUCUUAAUAAAAAUAAAGUUUCAAGAAAGAAAGAAGGAAAGGAGGGAAAGAGAUUGGGAAAGAUAGGAGCAAAACGACAUCACUCAUGACAACAUCCAAGGCAUCACCAAGCCCUCUUCUUCUGUUGAUAUCCUUUGUUUUGUUUUUGUUUCCGUCUUCUUCUCAGUCUCCCAACGAUGCCGUUUUGAAUAGGAAGUUUUCGCCUAAUUAUGUGUUGCAGAGUGAUUCGAAUUCGAAUAGGUAUGCGGUUAUUUUCGAUGCCGGUAGUUCCGGAAGUAGAGUUCAUGUGUUUUGUUUUGAUAAGAAUUUGGAUCUCGUUCACAUUGGUUCUGAUCUUGAGCUCUUUGAACAGUUGAAACCAGGUUUGAGUGCAUAUGCAACUGACCCUAUAAUGGCAGCAGAUUCUCUCUUGCCUCUGUUAGAGAGCGCAGAAAAGGUUGUUCCGAAAGAUAUGCGCCAAAAUACACCAGUUAAAGUUGGGGCGACCGCAGGUUUGAGACAGUUGGGAGCUGAUGCAUCUGAAAGAAUUUUGCAAGCUGUGAAAGAUUUUCUUAAAGUUAAGAGCAGCCUUAAGUCAAAUGAUGAUUGGGUAACUGUUUUGGAUGGAACUCAGGAAGGUGCUUAUCAAUGGGUGACCAUAAAUUAUCUUUUAGAAAGAUUGGGUAAGAAGUAUUCAGGCACUGUUGGAGUAGUUGAUCUAGGUGGUGGAUCUGUGCAAAUGGCAUAUGCUAUUUCAGCAGCAGAUGCUGCAAAGGCUCCAAGGAUAACAAGCGGAGAAGAUACAUAUGUGAAGGAAAUGCUUCUUAUGGGAACCAAAUAUUACCUUUAUGUUCACAGUUACUUGAACUAUGGUUUAUUAGCAGCUCGAGCUGAGAUCCUGGGAGUUGCAAAAGAUUCUGACAAUCCAUGUAUUUUGGCUGGAUAUAAUGGGGUUUAUUCAUAUGGAGGAAUUGAUUACAAAGCGUCAGCUCCUUCUUCUGGUUCAAGCAUGAAAAAGUGCAGGAAAAAAGCCUUGAAGGCCCUUAAAGUAAAUGAAUCAACUUGCACCCACAUGAACUGCACUUUUGGUGGAGUAUGGAAUGGUGGUGGUGGUGCUGGCCAAAAGAACCUAUAUGUGGCCUCUUUCUUCUUCGAUCGGGCUGCUCAAGCUGGUUUUGUUGAUUCACAUAGCAAUGUCGCAAAAGUGUGUCCUGUAGAUUUCCGUGAGGCUGCUCAACGUGCUUGUCAAAUGACACUUGAGGAUGCCAAGUCUGCCUAUCCUAACGUGGAAGACAGCGACCUACCAUACUUGUGCAUGGAUCUUGUGUAUGAGUACACUCUGCUAGUAGAUGGCUUCGGUCUGCAACCUAAGCAACAGAUUACACUCGUGAAAAGGGUUGAGUAUCAGAAAUCUUUGGUUGAAGCUGCUUGGCCGUUGGGCAGUGCAAUUGAAACAGUGUCAGCAGCCAGCUAACUACUACUACUCAACAUUAUAGAUUGUAUCAUGCAUGAAGCUGGUUAACCGUUGGUUCUGCCAGGUCACCGGGUUGGUAAAUUCUCCGAGGUUCUUAAAAAAAUUCCUUUACACCAUCAGUAGCUAUUACUUUUGAGUUUCUGACUCUUGGUAUCUGUAUUAUUGUAUCUGGUUAAAAUUGCAUUGUGAAUUCUCUUCUCUUUUUGUCCUGUAAAAGAUUGGUCUUAAUAUUUGUAUUUGUUUUGCAACAUUA